UGAGAAAAGCAAAUUAGAAAUUAGCAAAGCAAGAGGAAGGAGCGAAGCAGCAGCAGCAAGGCGGAAGGAGACGAGUCAGUCCCCAAAUCCAAUCACCUCCCGACACACUACUUUCCCUUUACCAAUUUCUCCUUCCUUCCUUCGAUCAAUCGAUCGAUCGCCAUCGCAAUCGCAGUUUCCAUUAUUACCAGCCCCGCUCAACCCAACUUAAGCUUCAAGUUUCCUGCCUUUAUUCGCUGCUCCUUCGAAGUCCAAAAAGAUCGAUCCACAUAAAGCACCCACUCCCCACGAACUCCGCUCCUCCGCCGCCGCUUUCACUGCCGGAAAGUUUUCAGGGGAAGAAUUUCCGAGAGGAUUAUCGAAAGUUUCAAGAAUUUUCAGUUUAUGAUAAUUUUUUGUUUUUAGGUUUUCCAAGGAAAUUUCAAAAAUCGAUGAGGGCUUUUCGGUUUUUGCUCUUGGUUUUCCUUUCCGGACUUCACGCAUCCGUGGCUGUUGCAUUCACCGGAACAUACGGAAUCAAUUAUGGUAGAAUCGCAAACAACAUCCCUGCACCCGACAAAGUCGUUACGCUACUUAAGCAGGCGAAAAUAAAAAAUGUCAGGAUCUACGACGCGGACCACAGUGUUCUAAACGCUUUUAAAGGGACUGGGCUCGAGCUGGUCGUCGGGCUGCCCAACGGAAAUGUGAAAGACGUAAGUGCUAGCGCCGAUCAUGCCAUGACUUGGGUCAAGGAUAACGUGAAAGCGUUUCUUCCAGACACGCAGAUCGUCGGCAUUGCAGUGGGUAACGAAGUUCUAGCCGGGAGCGACUACGAACUUUCGACAGCUUUAUUGGGCGCCGUCAAGAACAUACACAACGCAACAAAGUCGCUCGGGAUCGACAAAGUAAUUCAGAUCACCACCUCUCAUUCGCAGGCGGUUUUCGCGAAUUCGUUCCCUCCCUCGUCGUGUAUUUUCAAAGAAGGCGUCGCUCAGCUGAUGAAGCCUCUUUUAGAGACGUUUGCGGAAAUGGGGUCGCCGUUUUGUUUAAACGCCUACCCGUUCUUGGCGUAUACGUACGAUCCGGUGACGAUUGAUAUCAACUAUGCUCUUUUUCAGCCGAAUUCGGGGGUGUACGAUCAGAAAACUGAUUUGCACUACGAUAACAUGCUUGAUGCUCAGAUCGACGCGGCUUACGCUGCCUUGGAGAAUGCCGGGUUCAAAAAAAUGGAAGUUAUAAUUACGGAGACGGGUUGGGCCUCUCAUGGCGACCAAGGCGAACCGGCUGCGACUCCCGGCAACGCCAAGACGUACCACCAUAACUUGCGGAAAAGGCUGGCGCUGAAAAAAGGGACUCCUUUUAGGCCAAAACAUGUCCUCAAAGCGUACAUAUUCGCGUUAUUUAAUGAAAAUUCGAAACCGGGAGCAGGUUCGGAGAAGUACUAUGGAUUGUUUAAUGCCGAUGGGACUAUCUCGUAUGAUAUUGGGUUUUCGGGACUUAAAUCUUCCUCUGCUAGCGCUUCGCGUAUCUCCUUCACGAACCUUCGAGGCAGAGGCUGGUGCGCGGCCAGCGGCUCUUUGAUAUCGACGGCUUUAGCCCCUCUAUUGUUUUUGCUUUUGAUCAGAUAAUGAGUAGCAGCAUCAAGUGUUACUGCUAUUACACUAGUGCAAAAAAAAGAACUUAAGACAAAAAAAGGAAGAAUUGAAAUGAUUAUAUAGUGCAUUUCGAAGAAGUUAUGAUGUAUUAACUGAAAGGAGAAGAACAGACAGCAUCGGCUGCCGAUCAUUUUAUUUAUCAAAUUUUGAUGAUAAAUAAAAUUUUUGUUGGGGCUAUUGUACACAUGUUUUGCAUUUUACACUCUAUUUUGUUGUUCCCUUUGUCUUUUAGAAUUUGGAUUCAUUCAUUCCUAAAUAUCUUUUUCUUUUU